CACGUUUUUGCCCACGUUUUUGCUAGGGUCCCAAGUCAACACGGCAUCACCAUGAACGCUCCGUCAGUGGCCGCCAUUCCCAUCCUCCGCAGUUACCGAUGAGGCAAUAACAUCAUCAACUCGCUACGGGGCUGCUGGGAAGCCUCUUUUUCUCUGUCUCUGUUUUCUCAGUCAUCUUGGUAUCGUCCAAUUCCACCAAGAUGACCGUCACUGAGAGCGUCUGUAUCGGCAAUGCAAACCCCUGUACCAGGAGUAAUUACUACGUGAAUCCACUGACUGAUUCAGGCUGGUGGAUGGCUAUUUAGAAUUCUCCAUCGAAGGUUGAAUCGAACUACUAGAAAGAGACUAGCACCAACAUUUCGAGCAACGAUUUGCGGCGUCAACCCCUUUUGACCCCCUGCUGGCAUUUCGUCUGGUGGGUACGGCUGUUGUAUGGAGUAGAGCUGUCAGUAGCAUUGCGAUCUAUUGUCAGUGCAACUUGCAGCAGCCCUGCUCAAUAUGGAACGCGGUCGGCAGAUGUACAAGAUGAAAGGACUACGGACCAUCGCCAAGGGGGCCCAAGAUGCUGGGGUCUGUAACGCAGACAGAGAGACUUUUCUGCAUAGCGGCAGAUGCGUCUAUUCAUCCAACAGGGCUAUCGCGGAGCUGGUCAUCUCCGGCUGCUUCCCAUUCUAGUAGGUGAAAAUGCCCCUGGCUGUUGAUCUUCUUUUGUAUAUAAGCUGGUGAUGGCUUUCGCCAAUUGACAGGAAGCGUAUCUUGAGCGCUCAAGGCAUUCUUACACUCUUUUCAUUUACCAGAAUACUUUCUCCAAUGCCUAGUCUUUCUCUUCGUACCGUCCUGGCGCUGGCCGCCAUGGGCAGCGUGGCCGUCGCUGCGCCGCCUGGUGACUCUCUUUUGCACAAGCUGUUGGGAGAGCAUGCGAUUCUCGAGCAGGUUGUUGCGCCGUCUGCCUGGAAAUUGGCGGGCAAGCCUCACCCCGAGUCUCCCAUGAAGCUGCAAAUUGCGCUGAAGCAAAGCGAUAUCACCGGCUUGCAGGCCAAGCUCAACGAUAUUGCAGACCACAACAGCCCCAACUACGGCAAGUGGUUGUCCAAGGGCGAAGUCGACGCUUUCACGGCCCCUGACGUAAAGGGUAUCGAGGCCAUCACGGGCUGGCUUAAGGCAGCUGGCAUUGCUGACUCUGCAAUUUCUCAACCAUCAGCUGAUUGGAUGCAUGUCGAGAUUCCUGUUGGCAAGGCUGAAAAGCUCCUUCAAGCUAACUAUGGCAUGUACAACCACGACGAUCAUGAGGAUAGCCUUAUGCGCACGCUUGCAUACGCCAUUCCCGAGGGGCUCCACCAGCACAUUGAAACCAUCCAACCCACAACCAGCUUCCUCUACAACACUGCCAAACGACCAAGUGGCAUUCAGCCCAAGCCCCAGCAUGUUCGCCGCCGUGGCGGCAUGAGCGACUGCGCCACUGCUGCCAGUCCCGAUUGCGUUCGCCAGCUGUAUAAUGUUGACUUCAAGGGUCAGGGUCUUUCGUCUGGUGCCGUUGUUGUGUUCAACAGAGACACGGCCAGUACAUCGGACCUGGCCAAGUACCUUAAGGAGUACGAUCCCAAGGUCCCUUCGGGCACCAAGUAUACUGAGGUCUUUAUUGGUAAUGCCACUACGAAACCCAAGCUUAACAACAUGGAGCCCAACCUGGACACUCAAAUGCUUGUCUCCCUGAGUUACCCCAAUCCUGCCAGCAUGAUCCACGCUGGGCCCGACGACCGCCUAGAUCGCUUCUUCGAAGACCUCCUGAGCCUGACGGACUACAUCAACAACCACAGCAACCCUCCCCGUGUCGUGAGCAUGUCGUACAGCGGAGAUGAGCCCAAGCAAGCCCACCCUUACUAUGAGCGUAUCUGCAACGAGUUUAGCAAGGCCACUGCCCGUGGAGUCUCUUUCUUCAUGUCUUCCGGUGACAACGGUGUCGGCCCCUCCAACAACCAGUGCACUACGUUCCGCCCUACGUUCCCGAGCGGCUGCCAGUACAUCACCGUCGUGGGUGCCACUGGCAUUACAUCGGAUGGAACUGGAGAGGUUGCAGCCAAGUUUGAGUUCAUUGAGAAUGGUACUAGCGGUGGUGGCUUUUCUAACCUUUUCCCUGCCCCUGACUUCCAAUCAGCCAACACGUCGGCUUACAUCUCCAACUAUGUGCCGGCAUCCUAUGAUGGCAAGUACAACAAGACUGGCCGCGGAUACCCCGAUGUCGCCAUGCUCGGUAAGAACUUGAAUAUCAUCUUCAAGGGUAAAGAAUAUCUAGCCGAAGGAACUUCUGCCUCUAGUCCCAUCUUUGCGGCUUUGAUUGCUCAGAUUAAUGACAUGCGAGCGGCCAACAAUAAAACUAGUCUCGGCUGGCUGAACCCUCGUUUAUACACGGAUGUAGCCGUUCGAGCAGCCAUGAGGGACAUUACCAGUGGCAACAACGCUAACUGCGACACCAACGGCUUCACCGCUGAGGCUGGUUGGGAUCCUGUUACUGGUCUCGGAACAUUUGACUUUGCUGCUUUGCGCAAGGCCUUUGCCUAGAUUUUCCGUGGAGUCUGGUCUCCCUUUUCUUUCCCUUCGAUUACAACCAUUUUUAACCAACCCCCUUUUUUGUAUAUUGAUUUUGCCAUCCUACCAUGAUAGCAUACUAAUAGUAUCAAGUACUUGUAUUGACUCGGCUAUGUUUUGCUGCUGUAUCUACCGAUGUCACUAGGCAGUUGAAUGUCAGACUUUAGCUUGAUCGGCAGUUGUGGAAUCUGCCGCUGAAACUUUUCCGAUCUAUGGUUUCAAUAGAUGAUGCUUGCUCGCUUAGGAUAUGCGGAAGGCAUGCCAUCUACCAGUGCUAAGAUUGGCCAAGUCCGGAUCAAGUCCGGAUGAUUUUCACUCGGUUAGAGUGUACCGGCAGCUGGUACUGAAUGGGUGGCGUUGAACUAGCGCCCAACCACUCAGUCCUAUUGCUAAGCAUAAUUGUCUUAAGCAUAAACGGACGCUGCGGUUGAAUUGGUUUGGCAAGGUGCUCUCAACAGUACUAUAUCCAUAACAAGCCACGAAUGGUGCAACAAAAGUUCACUGAGAUUGCGCGGCGACGGCUGGCUGAUCCAAAUAAUUUCGGGUUGGAUGGACAGGCUCUGCCAGCCUUCUCAAUGACAAAGAAUGCCAAAUAUUGCGCGGUAAUUACACACACUAAAUGCCCUUGGAAGAAUUGUCAGCAGCAACAGUAUUGUCUCCUUCCUUGUUGAGAUCAUGAUAAGCAAUGCCAAAGGUGCCUAUAUUUCCGUAUGGUAAUGAAUGUAACCCACACAGGACGGCAGAUGAUGGGUCAGCGCCCCCCUUUGCCACGGACGAGUUGGAAGCGUCGGCGUUAUUCUCGCUCGACCGAGCGUAUCUCUCAGCAAUGAAGGAUGCAAAAGGUUAAUGUCACCACACGUGACAACUGCCGAGGCAUUGUAAUGCCAAUGUGAGUGAAGCCAAAAGGUUGGUGAUGCCACUAUGGACGGGCCGUAUGAGGAAGGUGAGGGGGCCGUCAAGAUCACCAAUCGCGCACAUGGCAGCGGAAGUGCUGGAACCGGACUCCUCAGCUGUUGGAAU